AUGACCCAAGAUCAUGUGCCCAAAAAGCGCAGGAAGCGCCCGACGGUGGUCUGCCAGCGCUGUCGCCAGAAAAAGGCCAAAUGUGACAAACAGACCCCAUGCGACCUGUGCGUGCGGGCCGAAUGUCCCGAUGAGUGUCUGUAUGCGUCUUCGGCACCCGCCAACACGGGAAAACUCGGUGGGCAUCGGAGUCCAGGUAUUUCUGUCCCACCAUUACCCCCUAAUCUGACUUGCACCGGGCUUGAUGCCCGGUUCAAAGCAGUGGUGGCGCUCCUGGUAGCGUUUUGCCAAGAGCCGGAUACACAGGCCGCCGUAAGUGCGCCCAAAAGACGGGCCAAGAAGAGUUCCUAUAUGAUCGGCAACAGACCUCCCGCCGUAUCCUCGGACACAAUGAACAUGCACAUGUGUCUCUCGAAGCUCGCGCGAGUCUCAAAAACCGACGCAGCGCUUGAACUGCCGGAAUUCAUCGAGCCCCGUUUCGCCAACGUGUUCCACAACUUCAGGACUUCGCUGAGAACCACGUUUUCCGUGGAGUUGUCGCAGCAGGACCCGGCCAUCAAGAUAUAUUGGGAACACAACACACAUGGCGAAAAGCUCCGCUUGAUGACCGUACAGCACCUAGACCCUGGCCGGCGAAAUGAAGUCUUGCAGGCCGCAGGCAAGUAUUUCGGUCCGCUUUUCCUCUCCAGCAAUAGCUUGAGCCAGUCCAUGACAAGGACGCAGCUAUCGCUAUAUGGCCAGCCACUUGGGUUCUCCUUCACGCCCAGCUUCAAUGAACAAGACGGCUUCCAGACCAGUCUCCGUAAAGUCAUGCCCACCAAACCCGUCUUUAUGGCGUAUGUGGCCCGCUUUUUCGCCAAGAUCUACCCAUCUUACCCAAUCAUCGAUGAGGAUUGGCUCUUUGUACAGGCAGACAGGCUUUUCAACUUCUCCGGCCUCGAUGGCACUUUCCAAUCGGCAAACUUGGCCUCACGUGACGAUGUGCUUGUCGUCUCCAUGGUCUUGUUCAUCUUGGGGCUCUCGUAUCUCUCCUACUUCACCAAUGUCCGGACCCAAAACGAGCAGAUUCUCAACGAAACGUUCGUGGGCAACAGCCUCUUGAAAUCCUCGCCUAUUUCAAGGCACGCUGUGGAGUUGGCUGUGUCAAUGUUGCAGAAAGGAAACUCUAGGUUCAAAUCUCUGUUUCGUCUUCUUCAAGCACACAUGUUGAAAAUGAUUUACAAGAUGCUUUCGCUAGAAAACGAAGUUGCUUUCUGCGAUAUCGAUGGUGUCUCGGGGGCAAGCUCAAUGCUCCUGUUGGCUGUUCCAUUGAUGUUGGAACGUGACCCCGAUCAUAUUGCCAAUUUUCCUGGAGAUGCGAAAGAACGCAACCUCAGACGAAAAGUCUGGUACACGCUUCUACAGAUCGAAUACACCAUGUCGUACUUGUUCGUCAGUCCGCGAACCGUAUCCCUGACUCUCUACAAAACUAAGCUCCCCACAUUCGACGCUGAAUCCUCGAAUAUCCAUGACCUAUCUCUCGAGGAGAAGGUUAUAGAACAUCUACGAGAAACUCACGCAUUAUACAGCUCUGGGAAUACGAUUCUCGACUUGGCCACUGACGCCACUCUGUCUCUAGAUGGAACCUACUUGAUCAACGCACUCAGCGAUUUUGAAUGCCUUGUCAAGGAAAAAUUAGGGAUUGUGGAUGACUAUUUUGUCAAGCAUGCCGCAGGAAAUGGUACUGGGGUCAUCAUCAUUGCCCGACUCAGGGCCUUGCUCAGUCUACGCAUUUUCAUUUCUUAUGUGAACUACUUCUUAUAUCUUUACUACCGAUACAAGAAUGUCCAGCACUUGAGUUUUUUUUUCCUAAAAAAGACUGUACUCAUUCACAUGAACGAGUUCAGCUAUCUAAGCUCUGAGCUCAUGUUCAGUCAGGACAAGUACUUCGACACUUCAUUCGCCUUAAUGGUGUCGCCUCUCAUUUUGCUUGUCAAGCAGAGCUCUUUCAUUUUCUGCCUGGCGUUGGUCAUAUCGCUUCCAUGUGGCGUGAUUAUGCAAAACCACACGGGUGACAAGUCGCGAGAUAUUCACUUGAUGAGAAAAUUGCUCAGGCAAAGUCAAUCCUUUCUUCUUCUGACACAGAAGCUACUCAAAUUACUCAGCGAGCGGUAUUUCUAUGCAUGGAAAAGUGUGAAGAUCGAUUCGUUCGGCCACAAACAAGUCGGUGAUGAUGCAUUCUUCAUGGUGGAACCCUCGAAAAUCCGCCAGGCGGCAUUCAUGUACUCGAACGAGCAAACGAAGGAGUUAUCAGAGAGUAUUCGAGAAUUUUGUCCAAUCAGGGUCCUGAACCGAAAGGGCUUUGAAUCUCAAUGCUACCAAAACAUGGUGAAUGGGUAUGAUGCGGACGCCAUGGGGGCCGAUUUAUACAAAACAUUGCAAACAGACAACUUUUGGAUAGUGCUCAGUACUUUGGCAGAAAGAGAGUAUGCAUCUUUGUACUUGUCUGAUACGCCAGCCAAUCAAAAUUUGGAGGCACCAGGACUGGAAGAAUUCUCUGCUGCUGAGCACGAGGGAGUCUUGCGGUCGACUGUGCCGCUGUACGUCCUCGGCGAUAGCAUUGAUGCGUCAUUGCUCGAACCCAAUACUCUACAGAUUCUCGACAUGGAUUUGUUCAAUGCGAACUGGGGCAUGGGCGUGCAAGGGGGACACGGGAUGGGUUUGUAA